UGAAUGGCGGGAUCAUGUAAAAAAAAGGAAGGGCUUCACUUAAAUUGUAAUAUGUAUACAAUAUACAACAUGUGUACAGGGGAAAAGGGAUUGAAAAAAGACAUGUGUUGUAUAUAUACUGAAUUUGAUGAUCUCUCAGUUUUCUUAAUUUUUUUUACUAUAAUUUUUUAUUUUUUUCAUAGAUAUAAACAUGCUAGUCUCACAGCCAAAUAAUGUUAAAGUAUACAACCUUUCUUCUGGAAAGUCUUUGCCAGAAUGGAUAUCAGAUCGAAAAAAACGUCAGUUGUUAAAACAAGACGUCGAAUUGAGACGGCGUAUCGAACUUAUUCAAGAUUUCGACAUGCCAACGGCUUCUACAUGCGUGAAAGCGUCGCCGGAUGGUCAGUACAUCUUGACGGCCGGUGUGUACAAACCAAGAAUCAAAUGUUUUGAUGUGAAUCAACUCAGUAUAAAGUUUGAUCGUUGUUUUGAUUCUGAGUGUGUGAAAUUCGAAUUUCUAGCUGAGGAUUUUUCCAAACUGAUUUUAAUGCAAGUUGAUCGAUAUAUUGAGUUUCAUGCGCAAUACGGCCGUUAUUAUAGGACACGCAUGCCAAAAUUUGGGCGGGAUAUGUCGUAUCAUAAACCGUCCUGUGAUUUGUAUUUAGUGGGAGAUGGACCAGAAGUGUAUCGCUUAAAUUUAGAGCAAGGUAGAUUUUUGCAACCCUUUGAUACUGAAGCAAGUGCGAUAAAUGUUUCUGCUAUUAAUCCGGAACACCAGCUGCUGGCCGUUGGUACCCAAGAAGGAAAAAUUGUUUGUUUUGAUCCCAGGUCCCGCACAAGAGUGGGAGUUUUAGAUCUGGCAGAUUCUGGUCUUGAUUAUACUGACUUUGACUCUUUUCCAUCUGUCACUGCUUUAAUGUUUCGGAAUGGAUUAGAUAUGGCUGUGGGAACUAGUUACGGUCACGUUUUACUAUACGAUGUGAGAUCGAACAAACCAAGACUUUGCAAAAACCAUUUAUAUGAAUUACCUAUUAAGAGUAUUAUAUACCAUAAAAAUAAUAGACUCGUUACGUCAGAUUCCAAAAUAGUCAAAAUAUGGGACCAUAACAGUGGGGAGAACUUUACGUCAAUCGAACCGGGCGUGCCAAUUAACGAUACGUGCGUAUAUCAAGACUCUGGUUUAAUUUUUUUAGCAAAUGAAGCCACAAAGAAUUCUGUGUAUUAUGUGCCAGCCUUGGGACAAGCACCGAAGUGGUGUUCAUUUUUAGACAAUAUAACCGAAGAAUUAGAAGAAUCUGAUCAGGUUGUUCUGUAUGAUGACUAUAAGUUUGUGACAGACACUGAGUUAGAAAAUUUAGGUUUGUCACAUUUGAAAGGAACGAACCUACUCAGAGCAUACAUGCAUGGUUUCUUCAUCGAUAUGAGGUUGUAUCAUAAAGCCAAGUCGAUUGUUGAACCGUUUGCGUAUGAAGAAUACCGCAAGAGCAAGAUCCGCGAAAAAAUCGAAGAAGAGAGAGCUAGUCGAAUCAAAUUGAACAAGAUGCCGAAGGUGAACAGACAGCUGGCUGAGAAAUUAGUUGAGGAGAAGACAAAGAAACAAGGAGAUGUUACUGAAGAAGGUAUUGCCAAUCCUUUAAAUGACGAUCGUUUCGCCGCAAUGUUUACCAACCGUGAUUUUCAAGUUGAUGUCGAAAGCGAAGAGUAUAGAUUGCUUCAUCCUGUUAUCUCGAAGCAAGAGAAAGAACGUCGACUAAGAGAGGCUGCUUCGGAUGAUGACCAGAUCGAUAGUGGUUCAGACGAGGAUGCUAAUUUGUGGAACGAAGUAAAAACUGAAAAAGUGAGAAAGAAAGCGUCACGUCACGCUGACAAAGUUAAGUUGUAUUCCCUUGAGGGUGAGCAAUAUGAACGGAACAACGCUAAGAGGCGAAACACAUUAGCACUGGGCGAAAGAAUAAGGGACGAUAUUGGCAAUGACGUGAUUCACGAAUCUGGCACCGCACUCGGCAGUCGCGAGAUGACUUUUAAAGUGGCGAAAAAUAAGCGAGACGUGUCGAAAGAAGAAGAAAUCAAGGCACAUAGGAAAGAACGAAAACAAGUUCGAAGAUCUGCGGGCGAGUUGCUGGCGGGUGAAAAAAAACAAGCUGUGUAUUGGAGGGGCAAACGAGUUAAAUAAAACAACCGAACCUGA